UACAGCGGCUUAUCACCAGAAUUUAUAUAUUUUGCAUCAAUAAACCAUUCCAAACAUUUCAUAUAUAUUGAUAUCAAGCUUAGUACGAUUACAAUGCGAGAGAACUGUUACAUUUUGGUGCUACUUUAUUUGAUAAUUUGUUCAAACCAUGUUGUUUUAUCAGGAGAAGAAUCGGCUGACAGUGGCAGUGACCUGGGAUCAAACCUGAUAACAAGUUUAAGAAACGAUGCAAAUUUAGAUCUGUCUGUAGAUGAAGAAUAUGAAGACUUGAGGGCGGAAUUAUUGGCUUAUCAUACUGCGCUCUCAAGUCUCGUUUCAGAAUCUCGCAGGUCGAUGAUAACUACACCUUGCUGGCAACUCGGCGGAAUUUGUAUCAACGUAAAUCUCUGCCCGGGAUUCAACUAUCUCACUGAAGUACCUGGCUGCAAAGAUACACUUAGAGUAUGCUGUUUCGUCUGGAACCGUUAUAACAUUAAAGGCUCAUUGCCAAGGGUAAAACAAAUAGAUUUUGGUGGUAAAGGUGUCCUAGACAUUAGCACAACUAAAAAGAGAAGACGUCCAAACGUCAACUAAGGCUGAAUUACCAAGAAUGUUAAUAAUACGUGCGAAUAAAUAAAUGUUUUAAGCAAUAAAUAAUUCUAACA